UUGAAAAGGAAAUUGUUGGCUAGCAUGUGUGGGCUCAAGCAGGUUGCGUAAUCCAUAUCCUUUUGUACGGUCGCUGAUGGCACACCUGACAUCUUGUGAGCUGUUACCUGCAGGAGUAGAUGCUCUGAUUCCCACAAUGCCUAGCAUGUGGAGUCAUGAUCGUGGCGAGGGAUGGGCAGCCUUGCCAUCAGACGAAGAGGAUAAUGAAAUGGGACUUGAUGAGCUGGCGCGAUUCAUUGCCGAAAAUGACACGGAAGAUACCUCUGACUCCCAAAGUUGGCGAUCAAAACUCUGUUGCCAUUUCAGUAUGAUGUGUCGAUGUGCUGGAGGAUUUAAACAGAAAUGCAACACUAAAAUUUGUGGGAUUAUUGUUUCUGUGUUUUUGUUGGUCGCUACAACUGGAGUUUGUCUUGGAAUUGGAGUUACCAGCAUGAUUCCAUUGCCAGUCAUUGACAUUUCCAUAGAGGCGUUCAACAUUCCAAAUCACAUUGCAUAUAUGCGAUACAAUUCCUUUGCUCUUGCCUUAAAGCAUAAUGUGUCCAUGCCAAGACGUUCUCGUAGAGAUACGUCCAGCGUGUUAACUGGCGCUGGUGUGAGACAUGAUAUUGAUGCAGGAAUUCAAGACUUCAAGAGUUUUGAACAUGAGGAAAGAUUACAGUACAGACCAUUUGAAGGACUAAGAAACGAAGUCGAAACCAUUGCCGCCAAAAUGGUAAAUGAAGUUGACGAAAAGUCCAGGUCCAAACGCAGUGCCCAUACUGGAUGUAUAUUUGGAAACCAGGUGUAUCCUCGUUGGAAGAUGCAGGUCAUAUUCCUAGCUCAGGGAGAUGAAAAUCAUAAUAUGUUUACCAAGGAGCGGAUAGAGACUGUCCACAAAGUGGAAAAAAUGGUUUUGGCACAUCCCCAAUUUAAGGAUUUCUGUUUUAAAGAUUAUAAGCUUGGUGAGAUCGACCCUGCGGUCAGAGCACAGAGCAAUUGUGCCCCUCUCAACUCGUUACUGACGUACUUCUACCCCACGAAGGACGUGCAUGGCAGUAUUCAUUAUGAUGGCCUUGGAGACAACUUAGAUCAAGUCGACAGUGCUUUGAAACUAGCUAUGAAUCAAGAAACAUUUUAUUAUUACGUGGAUGAGAAAAUUAACAGUACUUAUCAUCACAGCAAGUUGUUGCGGACCGAGGUCGUGUUCGGAGCUCCUCUUGAAGGUUACUGUAUUGGGUCGACUCGAGGGGCACAAGAAAAGAUGUUUAAGGAAUUUAUCAUCACGUAUAUCGACAUACUGUCCAAGGCGUCCACCGAUAAAGUCCAGGUGCUGUAUGGGGGCAAUGAGCUGUUCGACUACGAGGUGGACAUGACGUUCUGGAGCGACAUCAAGAUGGCGUACUACACGCUGGGCUUCAUCAUCCUGCUCAUGUUCAUCCUGACCUCCUUCUCCAUCUGGCUCACCUUCUGGGGGAUGCUCAGCAUCUGCCUCAGCUUCCCCCUCGCCCUCUUCUUCUACAGACGCAUCUUCCACAUCGACGCACUCGGCAUCCUCAAUGGAGCAGCAGCCUUCGUCAUCAUUGGUAUCGGAGUGGACGAUGUGUUCGUGUUCGUGAACAUAUUUCGGCAGGCCAGUCAUUUCAAGGUUAACUCGGAUCGGAUAUUGUACACUGUCAAGACGGCAGGGAAGGCAACGUUCUUCACAUCCGCGACAACCGCAGCAGCGUUUGCAGCCAACAUUGCAUCCUCAAUCCCGGCCGUGUACGAGUUUGGGUUGUUCAUGUCCCUGAUUGUCAGCUCCUGCUGGGCGACCGUCAUCCUCAUCAUGCCCCCGGCUCUGUACCUCUGGGUCAUCUGCUUCUCCAAGUGUGAGAGGCUCACUUCCUCACUGUGCCGUUGUAGACAGAGAAGGCGUGUGGUCAACCCCCUCGACGCCCAGCAACUGCAGCAGGCACCCAACCCCACCGUCCUCAACCCCGGCCUCGACGAUGACGUUCCCAUGCUGCACAUCGACAAUGCUGUUGUGCCAGCGCCAAUGAACACUAUAGCUGACGACGAUGGAGAUGUCCCCAUGUUGAUCCCUGACCCCUACAACAUCGGCAACGAGUCAGCGGCAUCGGCGGCAGACUCCAGCGACACCUUCUACAUUGGGAAGGCCCUCCAGAUUCUUAUUGGGAAGUAUUUGGCCAAGGUCAUACUGAAGGGGAGAUACGUCAUCAUCGGUGCGUUCACAGUGAUGCUCAUUGGCUCUGUGUGUCUGAUGGUACAGCUGCGGCCAGCGACACACCCGCCACAGCUGUUCCGUCCCGAGACCAACCUACAACAGCUGCUGGACCUGAAGGCCAACUUCAGCAUGCUGGAGUCGCUCAGCUGCUACAAGUGUUCCGCGCUUUACAAUGUAAAGCCAACCAAAGCAGUCCAACCGACAACCCGCCCCCCAGCCCAACCCCCCAAGUUCCCUGACACCCCCAUGCAUAUCGGGCAUGCCACCCUCAGACCGAGAGCUACAACCUUCCCCCCCCCAACAAAAGGUAUAAAAACGUCAACAACAUCAACUAAACCAACUACAACUACAACUACAACAACAACAACAACAACGACUACUACACUUAGGCCAGCUUACCAUCCACACAUUCAACCACACCAUCCUUACAGUGACCGCUCCACGACGACGGUCAAGCCCGGGUCUGUGUCCGAGAACUUCAAUGCCUGCGGUGGGAACAAGUGCAACGACCUGAAAGAACGGCCCAAUAUCCGCACAGGGACCAAAGUCUAUGUGGUGUUCGGGAUUAAAGGACUGGAUCGGAGCAAUGUGCAGAAAGGCCAUGUGUUGAGUGAAUACUCGGGUCGUACAACGUUCGACCUUGGGUUCAGCCAGAAGUCGAUGACCCUCCCUGUCCUGAAGGAGCUGUGUUCGGUGUGCAAGAUGAUCGCAGCCAACACAGAGCUCGUGAAGAAAGGCAGCGCCCACUGCCUCCCUCCAGUCAUACCACAGUCUUACAUCGUGAUGCUACACAUGGUUCCUGAGUGUAAGGAUCUGCCCAAGUCAAGCUCCAUCAGCAAGUUCCAAGCCCCAAUCCAAGCUGUAGGAGGCAUGACGCCCAACAACACCCUGCUCUGGCUGGCCUUCGCGUUUGAAUCUACAACGUCCAAGGGCAUGUCCUACUUCACAGCCUACAAGCAGUACCAGAAGUGGGAGGCGUUCAUGAAGCACAUCAAGGAGACGAAGCUCAGUCCGGACUCACCACUCAAGGACAUGUUCCAGGCCUCCGAGUUCUGGAAGAAGGUGAUGAUGGAGGUGGUGGCUGUCAGUAGCGCCAUCUAUGGCCUAGCCUUGUCAAUGGUUGUAUGUAUCAUCGCCAUAGCGAUAUUUACAGGACACCUUGGUCUACUGUUUAUUGUGGUCAUCACAAUCACAGCCAUGAUUUGCCUCGUUGUGGCCAUCUUCUACCUGGCUGGAUGGGAGAUGGGUGCGGUGGAAGCCAUCUCGCUGUCGAUACUGGUGGGCUCGUCCGUCGACUACUGCAUCCAUCUAGUGGAAGGUUACAUCAUCGCCAUCAAAUAUAUUCCACAAGCAGCUCAAAUGAAAAAUGCUGAGAAACGAGCUUGGAGGACAAGCUUCGCACUUCGACACAUCGGCGUCGCCAUCAUCAGCUCUGCAAUCACCACCAUCAUCGCAGCUAUACCUCUCACACAAACCACGAUCCAGCCAUUUUCAAAGUUUGGAGACAUCGUCCUCAUCAACACCACUGUAUCCAUAAUCUUCACUCUGCUGCUGUGUGGAGCUCUGCUGACAACCAUCGGACCAGCCAAGUUUAAGAGCUCCAUCAAAUCGUCCGGGAUUGCCCUUGGAAUAAUGUCAGUUGUUAUUGCCAUUUUGACGCUGAUUCUCUUCAUCAUUUCAAGGACGGUUGUCGAUAUACCUGGACCCGGAGGCAAUCCUUUGUUUCCACGGUAACAAAGCAUUCCCUCGAUGGUUGCUUAGCAACAGGUUGUGUGACUUAUUUGAAUGCCUUUUUGUCUUUCAUGGAAGGCAUUUAUGUAACAGUGCUUUUCCCCCUUGUAUCUUUUGUGAUUGAACCAAUUCCAUAAUUGUUCCGUUGAUGUCUGUGUGAUAUGGUUGACAAAUAUUUAUUUAUCCUCAAUAUUAAUUUUACGCCAGACCAAUUUUUUUUAUUGUUGUACAGAUUUCUAUCCAGGAAAUACAUGCAUGAAGGCGAAAAUACAAUAAACAGCUCCAAAGAGUAUAAACCCGAUGAUUUAUUUUUUUACUGUAUUGUGCCUAUUACUGUGUUUUAUUGUGCAUAAUAUGUAGAUCUCGUUCAUUGGGUGUUUUUUGUAAUAAUUCUUUCGCUUCAAGUGCUAAUAUUUCCUGGAGUCUUUACAGGACACAGUUGUUUCCUAACAAAGUUUUUUGUUUUUGAGAAAAUGGCUAAAUAAUGACAUGAUCUGUAAGACAAGUACUUAAGUUGGUCUGGCCUUUUACAUGAAUGUACAGCUGUUUACUGAUGAAAAAACAUCAAGGUUUAGUGAUUAUUAUGGAUUAAAACAUUAAGGGAUGUUUAUUGAUGAAAAAACAUCAAGGUUUAGUGAUUAUUAUGGAUGAAAACAUUCAGUGAUGUUUAUUGAUGAAAAAACAUCAAUGUUUAGUGAUUAUUAUUUGAUGAAAACAUUAAGGGAUGUUUAUUGAAGAAAACACGUUUUGUGAUUAUUAUGGAUUAAAACAUUAGGGGAUGUUAAUGGAUGAAAAAACAUCAAGGUUUAGUGAAUAUUAUGGAUUAAAACAUCAAGCGAUGUUUAUUGAUGAAAAAACAUCAAUGUUUAGUGAAUAUUUAUGAAUGAAAACAUUAAGCGAUGUUUAUUGAUGAAAACUUGUGUGUAAUGGUGAAAACAUCAGCAGUAAGUUGUGUUUAUUGAUGAAAACUUCAACAUUAAGUUGUGUUUAUUGAUGAAAACUUCAACAUUAAGUUGUGUUCACUGAAGAAGAACAUCACGAUGGAUUGAUAUUUAUUGAUGAAAACAUCACCAUUAAGUUGUGUUUAUUGAGGAAAAACAUCACAAUAGAUUGUAUUUAUGAAGAAAUAGCAACAUCAAGUUUGUGUUUAUUGAUGAAAAGCAGCAAUAUGGAUUUGUAUUUAUUUAAAAGAAAAAAUGUCUAGUUUGCCCCUGAAAGAAAGUAGUGUUUCCACCUGACUGAAGUACCUUGUCUAUGUUGUACAAUAAUUAUUGAAUUAAUAAUUCGGUUGUAUCCUAUUGUUCCUCGUCAGUAUCUCACAAGUUAACACAGACAUCCACCUGUACAUACAUCUGCUUUGCAGUGUAGUCCAAUUUUUAACCAGUGAAUCAAACCACGGCCUUUGCCAGGGAAAGAAGCGAGUUCUCUGACCAAUUAGAUUCCAGAUCACACGUCACAAGCAGUAAUGUUUCACGUGUGUAAUAGACAUGUGAAGAUCUGGGUUAGAAUAGGUCUUCAGCAACACUUGUUUGCUGUAAAAGGCGACUAUGCUUGUUGUAAGAGGAGUCUGAUGGGAUCGGGUGGUCAGGCUCGCUGACUUGGUUGAUGCAUGU